AAGCAGCUCGAAGAAGACUGUCGUUCCAAACGUCCGCGGCUCUCAAUCACAGAUGAGAUCCGCGUAAACAGACAAUCUUUAGUGGCAAAAAUCGCGCGACUCGAAGGUGCGAAGACUCUAUUACAGAGACAAUUCGUACAUAUUGGUGGUGAGUACGCGGGCACUAGUAAUGACGAUAACGCGGAAAGACUCGUUUGGCGAGAGAUCGAUGCCGCGUUUGAAAGCCGUGUAUUGACUGGUGCGGUGAUAAAUAUCAAUUACAUCAAACCGCAAAAAUUUCUCGAAGACGCUGAAGUCAUCGUGCUCGAUCGUGUGCGGAACGUCAUGCAAAGACACGCAAGUGUAAAGAUAAACACUGUGUUCAACGGCGAGUUUGUGACGGGUGACAAACGUGCGAACAAAAGUGUCAGCACGGGAAACUGUGAACUUUUUCGUGCGUCCGAUCUGCGCGAGUGGUACGAGCGACACGUUAUCGAGCCUACUUUAUUGCGUCUUGAAGAGUUUCAGGAACAUGACAGCGGGUGGGCGUUGUCGCGUAUACUCAAUUUGACUGUGAACGUGAACAAAUACAAUCCUUUGCACGCGGGAUGUUACAUCAAUUUACCUGAGAAAAUUUAAUCGAAAAAAGCGGUGAUCAACGUGCAUUCGAUGGACAAUGCGUGUUUCGCGUGGUCAGUGGUGGCCGCUUUAUAUCCAGCCGAAAGAAAUUCAGAACGGGAAUCCUCGUACCGACAUUACACAACAGUAUUAAAUUUACAAGGCAUUGAGUUUCCAAUGACUUUGAAACAGAUUAUAAAGUUUGAACGACUCAACGAUAUAUCCAUCAAUGUGUAUGCCAUCAAGGGAGAGAAGACGCCAAACGUUCUCCCGAUACGGCUUACCGAUCUGAAGAGAGAAAAGCACGUCAAUUUGCUGUACAUGCAGGAUCCGCGAGACGACAACGUGGGACAUUUCGCGUGGAUAAAAAAUCUAUCGCGUCUCGUUAGCUCGCAAUUGAGCAGGCAUGAUGGUCGGAAAUACUUUUGCGAUCGUUGUUUACAUUAUUUUAGAUUGAGCGAGAAAUUGGAAGCCCACGGAGUAGACUGCCGAGAGAUAGACAACUGUGCCAUCCGACUACCGAGCGAGAACGACAAGUGGCUGAGUUUCAAAAAUCACAGCAGGAAGAAACGAGUUCCGUUCGUCGUGUACGCCGACCUGGAAUGUACCCUCGAGAAGACGGAUGCGGAUUCGACAACAUCCACAUACACGUCUCAACAUCAUUGGAUAUUUAGCAUAGGAUAUUACGUGCGGUGCUCGUACGACGACUCGUUAUCCGCGUAUCGGUUUCGUCGCGAUAAGGAUUGCGUCGCGUGGUUCGCCGAGGAACUAAGAUGUUUAGCACACGACGUAAAGACUAUCUUAUCCGGUAAUGUUCGCAUGACAGAAUUAACGCAAGACGAGCGGGAGAUAUUUUACAGCGCGACGCAUUGCCACAUUUGCGAAAAACCGUUCGAGCCAGACGACGUGCGAGUACGCAAUCAGUGGCCUAGUUUACACCGUGCGACCUAAUCGCGACCUGACCUAUGCCCUGACCUAAAAUAGGCUUCUAAACAAAACGUUUACAUCAUGUAGACCUAUGAUACUUUUGGGUCGAAUAUAGGUAAAAAUUUAGUCCUCAUCUGAAUGCCAUCUGUUGAAGAAGAUUGAAAGGUUUACGGACUUAUACAUAACCAAUAUCGUUUGUACACUUUGUACUUUGUAUCGUGUUGAUCGUGUCUAUUUGCUGUGUUUGUUGAAGCCAUCUACCAGUAUCUAUGGGUACACUUUCUGCACUUUAGGUCACCUGCGUUUACACGCGUUACAUCAUGUGGCCUAAUUUAGGUUAGGGCACGCGAAAAAGAGACCUGACCCAAGCGAGGUCGCAACUGUUUACAUCGUCGCGACCUAUCGUGUUUGGGUUGAAUAUAAGGUAUAGGUCGCGGCCUAAACGCACGGUGUAAACUAGCUCAUAUAUUUGUCAUCUGACCGGUCGUUAUAGAGGUCCCGCGCAUUCCAACUGUAAUCUAAAUUACACAGAUUCGCAUUACAUUUCAAUAAUUUUUCAUAAUUUAUUGGGUUACAACGCGCAUUUUAUUAUCACGGAAAUAGCUACAGCGUGCGAAGGACACGUAGAGUUACUUCCAAUCACAAAAGAAAAAUACAUUUCGUUCACGAAACACGUUAAAGAUACCGCAAAAAAAUCAGAGCGAAGCGACAUAAAAUUACGGUUUAUCGAUUCGUAUAAAUUUUUUAGUAGCAGCCUCGAUAAAUUAGCAUUUUUUCUAUGCAGAGAUAAAUUAAAAAUUGUACGUUCUCAAUUUUCACAAUUAUCGACCGAGGAUUUUGAUUUUUUGACGCGAAAAGGCAUAUUUCCGUACGAAUACGUGGAUUGUGUGGACAAGCUGGAGGACACGUGUUUACCACCGCGCGAAUCGUUUUACAGUUUCUUGACCGGUGACACCGUAUCGGAGAGCGAUUACGAGCGCGCGAACGUCUGGCGACGGUUCUCCGUUCGAACCUUGGGCGAAUACAGCGAUCUGUAUCUAAAGCUCGAUGUCUUGUUAUUGGCCGACGUUUUUGAAAAUUUCCGCGACAGUUGUGUAGCGAGUUACGGGCUCGAUCCCGCGUACUACUACACUUUGCCAGGUUUCACAUGGGACGCCAUGUUGAAACAUACUCACGUAAAUUUCGAACUGCUCACCGACAUUGACAUGGUUAUGUUCAUCGAACGCGGUAUACGCGGUGGUCUGAGUCAAUGUUCAAACAAAUACGCGCGGGCCAACAACAAGUACAUGCAGUCGUACGAUUCAUCGAAACCAUCCUCAUACCUGAUGUAUUUCGAUGUAAACAACUUGUACGGCUGGGCGAUGUGUCAGCCACUGCCCUACGCAGAUUUUCGAUGGGUGAAAGACGUUUAGAAUUUCGACUUUAGCGCGAUCGGUUCGGAUUCACCCACGGGUUAUAUUCUCGAAGUCAAUCUAGAGUAUCCGCAGAAUAUACACGACGCGCACGCUGACCUACCGUUCUGUCCGCCGCGCGAUAAACCGCCCGGCAAACGGCAGGACAAACUUCUCGCCACGCUGUACGAUAAGAAGCGUUACGUCAUCCAUUAUCGCAACCUACAGCAGUGCACGCGCCAUGGCCUUUGCGUCAUAAAGAUACAUCGCGUAUUGCAAUUCGCUCAAUCUACGUGGCUCCGCACUUACAUCGAGCUCAAUACGAAAUUUAGAACACUGGCCAAGAACAAUUUUGAGAAAAAUUUAUAUAAAUUGAUGAAUAGCGCGGAUUUCGGGAAAACGAUGGAGAACGUUCGAAAUCACGUCGACGUAAAAUUACUGACAAAGUGGGACGGACGAUACAACGCGGAGGCACUGAUCUCGAAACCAAAUUUUCACAGCAGGAGCGUGUUUUCGGAAAAUCUGAUAGCCGUUAAACUGCAAAAACUCAAAGUUGACAAACCUAUUUACGUCGGCAUGUGCAUUCUCGACGUAUCGAAAGUCUGUUUGUACGAAUUUCAUCACGAGUACAUGUCUCCCCUGUAUGACGACAUGUGUAGAAUUAUGUACACCGAUACGGACAGCCUUAUAUACCACAUCAAGUGCGAGGAUGUGUACGAAAACGUGAAACGCGAUAUCGCUAGAUUUGACACGAGCAAUUACGCGAUCGACAACGCGUACGGUAUAACGCUCGAGAACAAAAAAGUGCCGGGCUUGAUGAAGGACGAGAAUAACGGUGCGAUCAUGACCGAAUUCGUCGGACUCAGGGCGAAAAUGUACGCGUUGAGAGUGGAUGGUAAAAAAGACUGUAAAAAAGCGAAAGGUGUCAAGAGCAACGUCGUAGCGCGUACUAUAACGUUCGACGAUUACACGAGAUGUCUGCGAGACGAAAUUGAAAUGACGCGACGGCAAUCCUGUAUACGAUUGAAGUUGCACGAGGUGUACACCGUGUCCGAAACAAAAAUCGCUCUGAGUCCAUACGACGAUAAGCGAUACGUUAUACCAAAUUCGACCGAUACGUUACCGUGGGGACAUUACCGAAUACCUUUGUAACGUAUGUAUGUA